AUGUUACAUGUAUCAUCAAUGGUAGCUUAUGGAUUUUUAUCAUUUAUAUUGGCAUUUUUUAACAAAGCACUUUUUGAACUAGCUAAUUUUCGUAAUACUUUAUGUGUAAUUUUUUCUCAACUUAGUUUUAUACUUAUAUCAUUUCAUAUAUUGGCUUAUUUUAAUUGUAUAAUACUACCUAUUAUGACAAAAGAUGACACAUAUACAUUAAUUAUUCCAUCGAUUUUUUAUUGUUUAAAUACAGUAUUAUCUUUACAAGCACUUAUGAAACUUAAUGUAGCUGUUUAUGUUGUAAUUAAACGUUGUACACCAGCAUUAACAUUUAUUUUAUCUGCAAUCGUAUUAAAAAAUCAAAAUCUUACUAUUAAAACAGGUUUAUGUGUAUUUAUAAUAACAAUUGGUGCAGCAAUAACAUCUAUUGGUGAUGUAUCCUAUCAUAUGGAAUCAUAUAUAAUCGGAAGUUUUAGUGUAUUAUUUCAUUCACUUUAUCUUCUUACAGUUCAACGUUAUAGUGAACAACGAACAUCAAAUGAUAUUCUUUAUAUCAAUAGUUUAUUAUCAUUACCAAUGAUAUUAAUUAUAAUGAUAAUAUUUACAGAUGAAUUAUCACAAAUAAAAUCUUAUGAAGGUUAUAAUACAACUAAUUUUUGGUUAUAUUUUAUAUUAUCAACAUUUGGUGGAGGUCUACUUAAUGGUGCAACUUUCUGGUGUACAAUUAAAAAUUCAGCAUUAACAACAACUGUCGUUGGUGUUUUAAAAAGUAUUCUUCAAGUAUUUUUUGGUAUGUUUGCAUUUGAUCGACUUCCAAUAAAUAUUAAAACAAUUAUUGGUAUUAUAUUAUCACUUAUUGGUGAUGUUAUUAUGAUGAAUCGUUUUAUUUUAUAUAUCAUUAUUGGGUCUCUUUUAAAUUGUACUUGUGCUAUUCUUAGUAAAUCAUGUUCACGUGAAUAUAGUCGUAUUGUUCGUGAUUAUUUUACACAAGCAAUUAGUUCAAUCUAUGAAAAAAAUCAUUUAUCUAUUCCUGUUGAAUGUAUUUUUUCAUCAAAACGUGAUAUUUUUUAUGAUCAAGAAUUAAAUAAAGCUAAAAUAAAAGAUAAUCAAUGGUUAUGUCAAUAUUGUAAUAAAUUAUUUUAUUCUGAAUUUUAUCUUGAUAUACAUAUGUCUAAUCGACAUAAUGAUACAUUAAUUCAUAAUGAUCAAUCUGUAUGUUUAGCUGAUUAUUGUUUAAUAUUUCGAUGUGAUGUUUUAAAACGACCAAAAAAAUCUUUUCAUUUAUUUACACGAAAUUCAUAUUUAACAAAAAGAAAAUCAAAAAAAAAUCUUAAUGAACAACAACUUACUAUUUUAAGAAGUCGAUGUGCAUCUAUUAUUAAUGAAUGUGUUCCACAUGAUAUUAAACAUGAUAUUCGAGUUAAAAUGCAACAUGAAAUGUAUGCAGAAGUUUGUGCUUAUUUAACAACCAAUCGAUACUUUCAAUUACCAAAUCAUGAUAAAACUAUGAUCAAUUUUACAUCUAUUUUUUGUUUUAUAAUUUUUAUUGUCAUGUGUUUUAUUGGUGUUGGAAUUAUAAGACGUUCGGAUUGGAAAUUUGGUGAUAAUGAUGAUGAUGAACCUGAAAAACAUUUAUCCGAUGAAACAAUAUCUACAGCAACUGCAUUAUUAUCAAAAACACCUCGAAAUAGUAUUAUUCAUUCAUCAAAACAUUCAACAUCUAAUGUUCGUCAUCGAGUUCAUUUUGAAUCUUUAGAUGAAUGUAACCAUUUAAAUAGUGAACAUAUUUAG